GUCCUAGAUUUUAAAAAUCAAACAAGCGUUCUCGCGAUUCCACAGAAAAAGAGUUAGAAAAUGAAGCGAUUAGUUUUCUUUCUUCACUGCUUCGCCAUUUUUCAAAUGACAAUGGCUGCAAGUCCUCUCGUUCAGGACAAAGAAGAGAUCUUGGCACUUAAAGAAAGUGCUGAUUCCCCCAUAACAUCCCCCAACUCUAGAAGUAUUUUGGGAUUCGGUCUGAUGAUAUUGUGCGGAGUCAAUAGAAACCCCCUCGACUACAAUGGUUACGGAUGCUACUGCGGACUCGGCGGAGAGGGAACACCAGUUGAUGAUGUAGACAGGUGUUGCCAAAUACACGAUGCCUGCUACAAUGCAGUGCAGGACUCAGGCAGUUGCCCGUUCGAUGUGGCAAUUUAUGUCAUGCCCUACAGUAGGAGAGGUUGUCUUGGAUGCGAGCCUGCUAGUUACUACUGGUUUUACGGCAAGUGUCGGAACGCUUUGUGUGAGUGUGACAGUGAGGCUGUCCAGUGUUUCAAGAGUGCUACGUUCAAUGAUGCUUACAAAGAUCAUCCACAAGAAAAAUGUUAAAAAUGCAAUGCCCGAGACAUCAAGUGAUUAUUCAAUGAAUUAAAAAA